GCAAAAAAAUUUGAAGGAAACAUGGCUUAUCCAAGAAUUCUCCCAUUUGUUUGCUUACUUCUCAUUUUCUGCAUGGGAUUACUAAAUCGCGGAUAUGCAAGUGAAGUCCAAUACUUAACUCGUUCAUCGUCACCCUCAAGUUCAACAAAUCCAAAAGAGGAAAUUAUCAACGCUGAUGUACUAUGUUGCAAUGACAAUCCUCAGUGGGGUAAAUGUUUACCGGGAGUUAAUGACACAGCUUGUAAUGCCUAUUGUUCACCAUGCUCAAAUCAUAAAGGAGGUCGUUGUAAACCUGAGACAAAGCAUUGUCAUUGUUUCUGUUAA